AUGUUCCUAUUUUUAUUAUUAUAUUUGAUAGAGAGUAGGCAAAUUGAGAGCUGCAAACAAAAUAUGGAUUCCUUUCAGAUUAAAGGUUUGAAAAUGCACCUUCAUAAGUGUAGGGAUACAUUUUUGUGUUAGUGACCAUCAUUAAGCUAAGGAGGCUCGAAAUUAGGUUUUGUAGGAUUCUGUGAGCUAGAAUAAGGUUAAAGCAAUUGUACAAGAGAUUGAAGGUUUAGAGAAUCAAAAUCCGUUUUGGUAUUCAGAUCUAGCUAUAUAUUUGAACAUUGAUGAAAUUCAUAUAACAGGGGGUUUAAUUGAUCAUUCUUAGAAUGUAUAAUAGAUGUAUAAAUUUUAUAGGUUAGUAUUAUGAAUCAAUAAAUACGAAUUACUAAACAUGUAUAUUUUAAAAAUCUAAUAAACAAAGAACUUAUGAUAACUAAUAUAUUCACUUCAUCUCCUCUUUUAAAAGUUGAUUUUGAAAAACUAGUUUUACCAUCUAAUUAAACCACUAUAAAAACUAGAGUUUGUACUUUGAUUUAUGAGUAAACAAUCUCUGAAAUUCGAUCAAAAACAUUUGAAAUAUGGUUGGCAGUAGAAAUAGCUUAUUUUUUAAGAGUUCCAAUUAAGUUAAUUAUUUAUGAUAAACAUCUUAUGUGUUAAACUAAAUAAUUAGGAUAGUGUAGUAUAUAAGGAUAACACUCAAUAAUAGAAUUCAAUAAUCUAGGCAUUUAUUAAUAAUAUACAAAAAUAUUCUCUUUUUAUAAUCCAAACCCAGUUAGAAUUGAUGUUUCUUAUAAAUAGAAUGAAAAGAAAAGAAAUCAAAUAAGAGUUUUAUUGUCUAAUAAAAAUGAUAUUAAAUCAGCUUCAAAACGUAAAUUUUCUUUUGAAAUUUAACCUUUUACAAGAAUAGAAUUAAAAAUAAUUAUUAAUACAAAUUAUUAUUAAACAAUGGCCAAUAGCAAAUUAACUUUUAGAACUUAAUAUGAAAUCAUAGAAUUAAAUGUAAAUUAUUCAGUACAAAAAGGAUCUGUGAAUUAUUAUCCAUCUGUACUUACUUUAGAUCCAGGAAUAACUACAAAAGUAUAAUCAUUUGAUAUCUAUGUAAGAAAUACAUUUAAUUAACAAAUACAAUUAUUAUAAGUUGAAAAUCAAUAAAUAAAACAUUAGAAUAUAUCUUUACUUACUAUGACAACUAAUAUUCCUACUAAUUCUAGAUCUGACAUUCUUCAUGUCGAUUAUAUGGGUAAAUAAAAUUUCUAUUAUGAUUCUAAAUACCAUAAAUAAUAAGCAAAAGAAUUAUUGAAUUCAUUUGGACGAAAUAAAAUAAAGAUUUAAACUGAUGUUUUAUAAGAUUCUGAAAUUUUAAUUAAUUAUAGAUCAAAUUAAAAAUUUAAUGAAUAAAUCUUAAAGAAGAUUAUUAAAUAAGAUCCAAAAAUACUUAUCUCAUAAUAAACAGUAGUUAUAUCACAAUAACCAAAUAUUUUCAUUAUAAUUAUCUCAAUCCUCAAUAUGUUAUACAUAGCCAGUUUGCUAAGAAACAAUGUAAAAAAAUCUAAGGAACUUAAGAUUUCUAUUGAAGGAAAUCUAUUGUAAGAAUAAAUUGAUUUUUAAUCAAUUUUUAAAAUACAGGAUUCUAUUUAAUUGUAAAGUAAAUCUGAAACAAAUGAUGUUGUUUCUGAUAAAGCAGAUGACAUUUAGGAUAUGAUAAUAUCAGAAGAUAUUAUAAGUAAAGAUAAUAAUACUAUUAUUUAAACUAAUUUAUAAUCUCAGAUUGAUGAGAGUUCAUCUCAUUUUAGUCAAGGGGAGAGUUUAGAUGAAGAUUAAAUUUCAGAGUAUUAAGAGAAAGUAGUUGAAUAGAGAAAAGUUUCAAAUCAAAAGAAUUUUAAUUUAUUUUAGAGAGUUGAAUUUACUAUACCAACAUAAAUUACUAUGAAUACUCAAUCCUCUUAGGAAUGUUGGGACACUAAGGAUCCAAUAUUUUUACCAUAAGAUUCUGAUGAAGAAAUGGUAGAUAAAAAUAGUGUUCAAAGAUUGGAAUCUAUGUUGAAUUAGAUUCAUCACAAAUUACCUCAAUUUGAGUAAAGUACACUUAAAUUGCCGUUAAAGUGGAAUGAAAAUAAUUCAAUAAAUCCAUACUUUCCAAAACCUCCUCCAGGAAUUUGA